AUGAGGUUGCUCUUUGAGUCAUUAAAAUCUGGAGGAGACAAAGUGAAAACAUGCUUUUAUUAUUUACUGGAAGACAAUGAACAACACCUUUUUGAAGAACUGGGUGGUGAAAUCAGGAAACGCAAGCCGUCAGUUCCAGAAAGUCCAAUACCUGCAAAACGUAAAAAACCGAAUACUGAGAGUAAUUGCCCAGAUAACUAUAACAUAGCCAGUAUCUCAGCACCAAGAUUUCCACCAGCAUGCAAUACAUCAAUCAAUGUGACAAAUAUAACUCAUGUUUCUGACUACAAACCCGCUGCACCCGAGAAAGAGAAUAAACUCACUGCACCCAAAAAAGUGAAAGAGACCCCUGCAACAAAGAAAGUGAAAAGUCCCCCUGCAACAAAGAAAGAGAAGAAACCCGCUGCAGUGAAACAGCCAGCUCUACCCAAAAAAGUGAAACAGCCAGCUCUACCCAAAAAAGUGAAACAGCCAGCUCUACCCAAAAAAGUGAAACAGCCAGCUCUACCCAAAAAAGUGAAACAGCCGGCUCUACCCAAAAAAGUGAAACAGCCAGCUCUACCCAAAAAAGUGAAACAGCCAGCUCUACCCAAAAAAGCGAAACUGCCGGCUCUACCCAAAAAAGUGAAACAGCCGGCUCUACCCAAAAAAGUGAAACAGCCGGCUCUACCCACAAAGUGA